GCUCUCGGUCUCCGCUUCUGCCAUACCACGUUUCAGAGCCUACGUUGUAGACAGCGAUUCUUAGGAUGCUACGAUGUAGAGGACGUCUUGAUGGAAGUCCUGCCUCCCGAAGCCACUGGCGGUCUGUACCCCCGACUCUAUGGACGACGAGCUGCGUCCUGCGAUGCGUCGACAAGCCGCAUAUCACAAGGACAGUGAGGACAACAAGAGAGACAGACAUUAUGAGGUCGAAGAGGACGUAGAUGAGAGCGAAGAAGAGAGCAAUCAAGAGGCUCUUCGACGACGAGGGUGGAAGUCCAAGUCGAGCUUAGCUCUCACGACAAGGCGACCCCACUGCUACUCCAUGGUCUAGGGAAAUUGAAAGGGCUCUUAUGAGCCGCAGUUGCGUCGGAAACCGCUUCCUUCUCUUGUCCUUGCGGCGGAUGCUCAAGCAGUACAUCCACCCAGCGCACUUCGUUCGCGGUCGAUAUGGAAACAGAGUCGUAUCGAUCGUCACGGGAGAGUGCGCGGGUAGGAAGCUAUGCCUUCGCAUUGGAUCGCCGUGAAGGUGGGUGUGGAGACGCGAGCUUAGACUGUUCGUUCCGAGGAGCAUGGGGUCCAGAAGGGCUCCUACCGGACUCGGGGUAUUUUGCGCUCCGAAAGCUUCGGCGAACGCGUCGACUGUCAAGAUGACCACUGUCCCGCUCCUCACUGGCACCGCCGCCGACGCGUCAGCGCAGGCCGUCCGCCUUUCGCCCUUUAUCACAUCACCUCCAUGACACUGAUCUAAUACGAUAAGGACGGCGUGCCUUAUGCCAACCCUUCGCCGAGGCCUUCCUCCGCACCCUCCGUCUCACAAUUGCCAUCCACCGUCCUUUCUGUUCCGUCUCCGCCACGUGCUCAUCGGUGCCAGCGACUACCGCCUCUUCUAAUCUCAUCAUGGUUCAGGCCUGAACCAUGAUGACGUUCAGGACGCGUGAGCAUUCGGUGUGGGACACAGGGGUUUUGUUCUGUACGUAUCUGCCCAUUUCAAGGGGGGCUUCGUCAAUCUAUCAGGCACGCCCCCACGCCUACAGGCCGGUCUAGGGUAUGUUCCUAUGUCCAUCGUACUCUUAAGACGACAUCUUCGCGGGAGCCAUGACGCUCCGCAGCCCCGAACAAGUCUUCGUUAAUAGGUUGAGAUUGAACGUCUUAGUGCAGCAGCCACAGCCAGCCUGCUGAAUCCCUUGCCUAGAUGUUCCAGACGUCAGCUGCCGCAAGCCAAUCCCUGCGGAUAUGCGAUCCUUCGGGGCGACCGCCCGAUCUUGUGAGAAGCUACAGGCCCUUCUAGAGCCAAACUCCCAUCCCAUGACCAGUAGUCAAUCCUAAUCAGGGGGUCUCUCACCCUCAGGGCUGCGCUCUCAGGGAUUGAAGCGGUGUAUCCUUAUGUCUGUGCGGAUGCUCGCAGAAGGACUAGUACCUACUGUCGUACCUUCCGCCCGCCCCGAGCCUUUCCUCCCGUCCACUUGAUAAGAUCUUGCACCAUGGAUGUCGUUGCU